AAUAAUUGAAUGUACAGUUGUAUUCUGACCUUUGAUACAUAGCCUAAUUUCUACUUUCUGUUUACUAGGAAGUUCAAUAGAGUUACAUUCUAUUUCCGUGAAUUGCUGCAUGUUAUUUCUUUUUAUUUUCAUUGUUGUAGAAGAUGGGUUGGUUACUCUAUACAGCAUUUGUGGCAGUAUUGUUAGCUGUAGUUUUGACGAUACUUCCAAACCCGCCACUGACAGACCGGGCCAGACUCUGGAAGGAUAGAGGCAGUUUCUUCAAAUUUAACAACCAUGAUAUAUUCUAUAUAGAUGAAAAAGGAAAAAAUCCAGAUAAGGGAGCUGUACUUAUAUUUCAUGGGUAUCCUACGUCAAGCUUCGACUGGAACAAGGUGUUGGACGAUCUGACGGCUGAGUUCAGUCAAGUCAUCAUGUAUGAUCUCCUGGGGUUUGGGUUCAGUGACAAACCGAUGGGACAGUAUGCCUUUACGAUAUCAGAACAAACAGAUAUUGGUGAGGCCUUGCUGCUGAAACUGGGUGUCACUCAAGCCCACAUCCUGUCACAUGACUAUGGUGACACAGUGGCUCUGGAACUUCUAGCUAGGCACAACAAAGGUGAUAGCAGGAUCAAAGUUUUGUCGCUUUGUCUCUCUAAUGGAGGAAUUUUUCCGGAGACAAAUCACCCGAUCCUUAUACAAUGGAUUCUGAAGAACCCUCUGAUUGGGCCAGUGAUAUCCAAAGUUUUCUUCUUCAAAUUCUUCUUCAAAAGGAGUCUUGGAAGAUUGUUUGGUACUCCUCCUUCAGAUGAAGAUUUUGAUGAUUUUUUUUCUAUAAAACUUCACAAAGAUGGAAAUAUGGCAGAUAGUCGCCUUCUAAACUACAUCAGUGAGCGCUCCAUGUACAGUGAUAGAUGGGUAGGUGCCUUAAAGACUACAAGGGUCCCAGUUCACAUGAUCUAUGGACCAGCAGAUAUUAUCAACCCCCCUGCCUUCAUUCAGUUUUACAAAGAAAAUGUACCCAACCCAAGUAUAACAGUGUUGAAGCCAGACAUUGGACAUUAUCCACAAUUUGAAGCUCCAAAGGAAUAUGCCCUUGCAUACAAAACUUUUCUGACAACUAUAAGGCGCAAGUGACAACUUGUUAUUGUAGCUACAGUGUCUGUUAUGAUAUAAAUCUUUAAUUGUACAAGAAAAACAUCAAAAUAUUUUUACUGCAAAAAAUCGUAAAACAUUAAUCUUUGAAAUCCUAGCCUAAGGUGACUUUUUCAUGAAUUGCCUGUUUAUUUAUAGCUAGACAUCAUAAAUGGACACAACCUUUAGAAGUGUGAGGAUAAUUCAAGUUACUUAAAAACCACAGGCACUUGGCAAGAAUUCCUAAUUCAAAGUCCUUAUACAUGUACUACAUAAUUUAUUAAGCUUGAGUUGGGAAUUUGUGUCGAAGUCCCUGUGAUCAGAAAUCACCGGGUUAUGUCCUCUUAUGAUACUACAUAUAUGUCGACUGGCCCAUGAGUUGUGUAAAAAUAUUGAUGUCAAUAGUCCACCAUAUAUGUAUUUCACUGGUGAUGAAAAUGAUUAACAUCAAUUCUUCAUGUUUGAAAUAUAAAAUUAAGAAUGGAGGUCGAGUAUAAAAUUGUAAUAUCAUUCCACACAUAGAAAUAUCAGUGUUAAAUGAUUUGAAAUUAACACUUUCAUGAAACAACAACUUGAAGUGCUGAAAUAGUUGGUAUUUCACUAUGACUGGAAAUCAACAUAUAAGUAUAUCCUUCUAUCCUUGAUUUAGUUGUCUGUAUCAUGUUGUUUGUUGAACAUUAAACUUGAUUUAAUUAGUUAAAUUGUUUAAGAUUAAUAUAAAUACUGCUUCAAAUAAAUGUCUUCAGAAUUUA